AUGGGCUUGUUGAACGUCUUCACUUCAAUCAAGGAUCGAGCUGAAAAGUUUCUUAACGAGAAGAACGUGGUCACUGAUUUUCUUGGAAAGAUAGAGGAGAAGACAGGAAUUAAGAAGAAGGUCAUCGCCAUAGGUGCUGUCUCACUGACUGGACUUUAUCUGGUAUAUGGAUAUGGUGCUGCUCUCCUCUGCAACCUGAUUGGAUUUGUCUAUCCAGCAUAUUACUCAGUUAAAGCCAUUGAAAGUCCCUGCAAAGAAGAUGACACUAAGUGGUUGACUUACUGGGUGGUGUACGGUGUCUUCAGCCUUGGAGAGUUCUUCUCUGAUAUUUUCCUCUACUGGUUUCCAUUUUACUACUUCUUUAAGUGUCUGUUCCUGUUGUGGUGCAUGGCUCCCAUGUCAUGGAAUGGCUCCCAGAUUAUUUACAACAAAGUGGUUCGGCCCAUCUUCCUCCGCCAUGAGGCCACGGUGGACAACAUGGUCAGUGACCUCAGUGGGAAGGCCAUGAGUGCCGCUGAGAACCUCACCAGAGAAGUACUAUGCACUCUGAUGAAGAAUAAAACUCUAGUGACACCCAUGCAGCAGGUUGCCCAGGCUGAACCUAAGAGUUUACCAAGCUCAACUGGACAAACAUCAAAUGCAAAAGUUGCUCCAUCUGAGCCCAGUGAAGAGGAGCGUAGAUCAGAUAGCAGCAGAAGAAGAGGAGGCUCUGUGAGGAAGAGGAUGAGAGAGUGAUGUUUUUACCCUUCGUCCUGAAUGAUCCAAUCAAAAAGUGCUCCUUAUGUCACAAAGACUCUGUUAAAGGGUCAUAUUUCUGUAGAAAAGGGGAAUCUCUUUUAACUUUCUUGGAUUUGAGAUUUGGAGCCGAUUUGUUGUCUUAAGAUGUUCAACUCCUGAAACACUUGAUCCAUGUAACCUGCGCUGACAGAUGUUGACAGCUGCUGUCUAAUCCAGGAGCUGUAUGCCAGAACAACUUCAAGACAUGGGAAGAUAAAUCUAAUUCUGACCUUCAGUUCCACUUCACCCACAUAAAGUCCAAUUCAGUUGAGACUAAAGGAGAGCUGAGUCUCCUAAAAACAAACAAGUUCAUGUUGCUUACCUGUU